AUGUGUCGAAAUCAGAACGUAGACCGGCCGGCAAGUCCAAGCCUGAAGCCACAUGGGGGAGUGGCUCUACGAGGUGUGCGGAUGUGGAGGUGGAGUGAGGGUGACAUGAAGUGUGAGCCCAGCCUAUCAGGCCAUAUCUGUCAGCUGAGACCAGACUCUAACGGGCAGUCCAGAUCGCAUGGCGUCGGUUAUGAUCCGGCCACACUCUGUAAGGCAAAGGAAGGGGUCAAGAGAGACGGCGGUUGUCCGAGCUGCAUGCCAGCUCAGCGGGCGGCGAAGACAGGUGGAGGUCAUGAAAGCCUGCCGAGGCGGUCCACGCCCUGUUCUCCGGGACCACGCCCAGUGAUUCUCUUGGCGGCAAGCCCUUUAGGCCUAUUUGAUUAG